AUGGCGGCGCUUAAAGGGGCCGCGGCCCUUUCGGAAGCGGCGGCGGCGCGGGACGCGCGAGAAUGUCCUCGGGCCGCUCCGCAGCUCCGUCCCCGCCGCCGGGGGCGCUCCCCGGGCCCCCCUCGCGCCGCCGCCGCCGUGCCCCGCCCACACCCGGGGCCACCUCCCCCUACCCCGGGCUCCCCCCCCGCCGCCGCCGCCGCCGCCGUCCCGGGCAGCAAUGACGUGUUCGUGACGUCACGCUCGGAUUUCCGGGCGCAGCUGCGGCGCUGCCAGCGGCUGCUGGCGCCGGGCGGGGGUCCCGGGGGGGCUCCCGGGGAGCUGCGGCUGCACGGGCUGGGGCUCGCCGUGCCCCGCACCAUCAACCUGGCGCUGCAGCUGCAGGCGGGCGCGGGCGGCGCGCUGCGGCUCCACGCCAGCACCUCCUCCGUGCCCCUCCGGGACCACCGGCACCGCGAGCGCCCCGACAGCGCCGACAGCGGCGACGGCGACGGGGACAACCCGCGGCACAACUCGGCCAUCCACAUCCGGCUCUGCAGGGAGGCGCCCUGCGCGUGAGGGGGGCCCGGGACCACCCCCACGAGCCGGGGGUCCCCAAAAUCCCCCCGGAACCUGCCCGGGGCCGGUCACGGUCACCCGGAACCCGCAAGGACUUGGGGACACCGAGAUGCCACCAACGGGUCCAGAGCGCCGUGAGCUGGGGCCACCAUGAUGUCACCCUGAGCUCUCGAUGUCACCCUGAGCCUCUGGAUGUCACCCUGAGCCCACAAUGUCACUGCAAGCCCUCGGUGUCACCCCAAGCCCUCGAUGUCACCCUGAGCCUCUGGAUGUCACCCUGAGCUCUCGAUGUCACCCCAAGCUCUCAGUGUCACCCUGAGCCCACAGUGUCACUGCAAGCUCUCGGUGUCACCCCAAGCUCUCAGUGUCACCCCAGGCCCCUCGGUGUCACCCUGAGCCUCUGGACGUCACCCCAAGCCCUCGAUGUCAUUUCGGGUCCCUUGGUGUCACCCCAAACCAUCGAUGUCACCCCAAGCUCUCGGUGUCACCCUGAGCCCACAAUGUCACUGCAAGCCCUCCGUGUCACCCCAAACCCUUGGUGUCACCCCAGGCCCCUCGGUGUCACCCUGAGCCUCUCAAUGUCACUCUGGGCCCUUGAUGUCACCCCAAGGCCUCGAUGUCACCCCAAGGCUCCCCACAGCAGCCUGGAGACUUUGGGGGGAGCACAGGGAGGUGACACCCCAAUAAAGCCGGUGGCAGCAGCA